GAGGGAGAGAGCGAGCCGUGUGCUGUGGUUUAUCCUCGUCCUAUGCGGAUUUCAUCACUGACUGCCUGCCCGAGCGGCUCGCAUCAUCCAUGGUAGGCCGGGAUACAGACGCUGACAUUCCCAUUCACGGAUUUCUGAAACACUCAGUGCUCGGCUCUUCACUCGCGUUUGCCGCGUAUAUGUGCGCGGGGGAUCGUUGUGGUCGCCCUGCUUAGCCGAUCCCAGCGGAGGGGGUAUUGUCGACGCUGGGGACUCGGAGAAGAGGAGGGCAGAGAGGCUCGGUGGACAAGGCGAGAGAUGAGCAAUGGGCACGGGGCGACCUGUAACUCCUGACAGAGAAGAGGAGCCUUCAUUGCCGUAGCCACCUCUCCUCUCCUGUCCUCCCUCAACCCAUGUCCCCUCUUUCCCCCCCUCUUUUCACCUGUUGAGCGUUUUUGCUUCACUCUCUAUCCCUCCGCAUCCUUCAUCACCCGUCACCAUGACAACCUCAGCUCUGCGCCGGCAGGUGAAGAAUAUUGUGCACAACUAUUCAGAAGCGGAGAUCAAGGUUCGCGAGGCCACCUCAAACGAUCCAUGGGGACCGUCCUCGUCGCUCAUGUCCGAGAUCGCCGACUUGACCUUCAAUGUGGUGGCGUUUGCUGAGGUCAUGGGCAUGGUUUGGAAACGCCUCAAUGACAGCGGCAAAAACUGGAGACACGUGUACAAGGCCCUGACUCUGCUGGAUUAUCUGCUGAAGACAGGAUCAGAGAGAGUGGCCCAACAGUGCCGUGAGAAUGCAUUCACUAUUCAGACGCUGCGUGACUUCCAGUACGUGGACCGCGACGGCAGAGACCAAGGGGCCAACGUGAGGGAAAAGGCGCGCCAAUUGGUGUGUCUCCUCCGGGACGAGGAGCGGCUCCGCCAGGAGAGGAGUCAAGCCCUGAAGACCAAGGAGCGAAUGGCAGGGGGAGGCAGCGGAGGGGGCGGGGCUGUGUACGGAGGCAUACCCCCGUCUUACCACCCGGGCAGGCGAACGAGCCAGCCCAGCAUGGCUGUGUUGUACGGCGAGGAGUUCAGCCGCUCCAGAGGCUCUCCGUCCUCCUUUAACUCCUCGUCCUCGUCCCCUCGCGCCGCCUCAGACCUGGAGCAGGCUCGACCUCAGACCAGCGGGGAGGAGGAGCUGCAGCUCCAGCUGGCCUUGGCCAUGAGCAGGGAGGAGAGUCAGAAGGAGCAGCGCUGUCACCAUGGAGAUGAGUCUCUAUUACAGAAAGCCCUAGAUGAGAGCCGGAGAGAGAGCCAGUCAGGGACACGGGAGUCAGCCAUGUUGGACCUGGUGGACAUAUUUGGCCCAUCGUCUGAGCCCCAGCCCCCUCCUAGUGACCCUUGGAACUCAGCUCACCCCACCUGUGACAUCACCUCUGACCCCUGGGACUCUGUAGCAGUUCACUCCAGCACUCCUGUGAUUGGUAGCCCUUGGACAGCCCCUCCCUCCUCCUCCAACGCGUCCAAUCCUUGGCCCCCUUGUGCCAACUCACACACAGACCCCUGGGAAGCAGCACCUAUCUCCUCCAGUCCUGUCAAUCAUGCGUGGGACAGCCCAACAGACGGAGGUGCUGACGGAACGGAUCCAUUUGCUGCACAGGAAGAGGAAAAGCCUAAACAGGAGGUUCCUCAGGUGUCCUCCCCUCAACCUGCCAGUCCCACAGAUGCAGAGCUUUUUGGGGUAAAGCCAGACUCUGACCCAUUUUCUGGAGCGGAUUCUAAACCAGAUCCGUUUGGGGCCGACCCUCCUGUGAAACCCCAGGUUAAUGGACGAGAGUCUGCCAGCCCAGAGAUGUUUGACCUAUCCCGGCUAGCACCUCCACUCAGCGCCCCACCUACACGUGUGUGUCGGACCCCAGAGGCCUUUCUGGGACCUACGGGGGCCUCGCUGGUCAAUUUAGAUGCUCUGAUACCCCCCAACCCUCCUAGCAAGACGCACAAUAACCCCUUCCUCUCAGGUCUGAGUGCUCCAUCUCCCACCAACCCCUUCCACUGCGACCAGCCUCGCCUCACCCUCAAUCAAAUGCGACCAUCCUCCACCUCCCCGCUGCCCCCUCACAUGCUCUCCUACAGCCCGUCCCUGCCUCUCCCUCUGCCCCACCAGCCGCCCAUCCUCCCCUCCUCUCUCACACAGCCUCCUGCUGGACUCCUGGACCUUCCUUCCAACCUCCCUCAACCCCUGCUCCCUCUUUCUCCAAGACCGGCAGCCCGCACUCAGUCACAGACACAGACACAAAGCCACAACCCCUUCCUCUGAGACUCCCGCAUCCUUCAAACUCUGGUCUGCAGAGGGAGACAACGGAAUUGACUCUUUUUGGAUCAAUCUAUGCUAACUACAAUGAGACUGGUUUAAAUGAGCCUGAACUGGAUCCUGGUCUGAUGUCAUUAUGUACACUUGAAGUGGAUAAAAAACUUGGACUGUAUGUAUUUCUGUCUGUCUAAAGACACAACAGCUGCUAUAUAACCUGAACUCUUGAAGAAAAGCUAACUCACGCACACAUGGACACGCACUCAAACAUGCACUCAGGCGCACUUCAGGGUGCACACACACAAACAUUAUGCACAGACAAAAACAUGCACAGACCACGAGACUAACAGGGUGUAUCUCAGCGGUCCCUUCGAUGCCUUUUCCCCAUCAAUAGUGACGACUCCGACCACCCUUUGACCACAGAGAUAGAACUGUUCCUUUAGAAAACUGAGAUGAAGCCACACACUUUCAUUGUCCACCAAGAUUGACCAGGAUCCUCACCGCUGCUGCUUCACCGACGAAAGCAUGAAUGCAUCCCACCCCCCACCCCCCGAGACGCCAAACUGUUCUAUUCUGCUCUGCACCUGAGAUGGGUUCUUCAAAUAAAUCCUCUUUUUCUGAUGAGUCAAAUAGUAUCUUGAGCUUUUUUGGCACAACUGAAUCACUGGUGACAACUCAACUGUAAUAUUCAAGAAAACAUACAGCAUUGUUCAAGAACUAAUUGACUCAGGUAUUCCUUCCUACAUGAAUUCCUAUCUUGUGUUGCCUUGUUACCUUACAAGCUCAAUAGCAUCUGGUCCUAAGUCAGCUAAGUCAUUUGUCCAACAGGAUUCAGGUGGAUUCAAAACUAAACCAGCCUAAACUAGACUUUACUGUCUCAAUCUGGACCUAAACUGAGCCCUGAUUGUACCGUACUGGACCCGCGUGCCUGUCAUCUAUAGCUGACCCACAGUGUAUUCCCAGCUGGUUCAUAUUGGCGCCAUUGAGGAGGACCUCAGGGAGUCCGCUCUGUCCCUCUUCCAAAGAGAUUCAACCCAAGAGAACAGAAAGGCAUUUAUCUACAGAAGAAAAUCACAGUGAGAUCAAUGACUUUUUCAGAUGUGGGCAUACAAACGAGGGAUAUAGAGAAGACACAAAGGAGGAGGGAGGGGUAAUUGAAAGAUUAAUAUAAAUAAAGUGAAAUGAUCACAGAUGAUAAACAGAUGUAUUGAGCAUCAGCUCCUCUCUGCUGUUCCUCGUCCACUUGUGUUUUAGGAACAAGAGAGUCUGUGAUGAGAUGAGAUGUUUGGUCAUCACUGCACUGAACCUGGACUUGAAUGUGAAAUGUCUGCCUAUAGAUACACACAGGCUUAGUACAUAUGUAUUUAAUAGAAUGAUACGUAUAG